AUGAGUAGAGCAAACAAUAGAAUUCAAAUACUUUGUGAUCACUUGCAAACAAAUAAUACAUCUGCCAAUUUCCAUCAAACUACACUUGAUACUCCAUUCAUCGCAUAUGAUAAAUUUGAAGAGAUUAAAGUUAGUAUAAAGGAUGAUGUCAAGGUGGCAAUUCUACAAUUCAACAGACCAAAGCAAAUGAAUACAUUUAGUUUCAAGAUGGCCAAUGAAAUGGUGACAGCUCUCAAACAAUUGGAUACCGAAAAGAAUGUUCAUUGUAUUAUCAUAACUGGUGACGACCGAUCAUUUAGUUGUGGAGCUGAUUUAAAGGAACUUGGUGAAAUGGAUUUCAAGAAAAUGUAUCCCUAUGGAAAUGCCGUAGACAAGAUUGGACAGAUUGCAACCAUCUCCAAACCUGUCAUCGGUGCAGUUGCCGGAUUGGCAUUGGGUGGAGGUUGUGAAACUGCCCUUCUAUGUGAUAUAGUCAUCGCUGGUGAAAAGGCUAGAUUCGCAUUACCAGAGAUUAAAAUUGGUACUAUUCCUGGUGCUGGUGGUACUCAAAGAUUAACAAGAGCUGUUGGUAAAUCAAAAGCAAUGGAAAUGAUAUUAACAGGUAGAAUGAUUACAGCACAAGAAGCAUUGGCUAGUGGUAUUGCAAGUCAAGUAGUACCAACAGACAAGGUUCUAGAGACUGCUUUGAAAUUGGCAACCGAGAUUGCAUCACUUUCCAACCCAAUUUCUAAACUUGCCAAAGAAGCUGUCGACCAUGCCUACGAAUCUUCACUCAAUGAAGGACUACAUCUAGAGAGAAAGUUGUUUAUAUCAACCUUUAAAUACCCAGAUCGUAAAGAAGGAAUGGAUGCAUUUAAAGAAAAGAGAAAACCAAAUUGGUCAAAUGAAUUGUAA